UGUGAUGUCAUUGGUUUUGAUUUGGACCACACUCUCUGUCGGUACCAUUUGAAAGAGACCUCCAGGGUGAGUUUAUUUGUAGCUCACGAGCUACAGCGAACGUUGCGAGCUGUUCUUGGCAUUUCUGACAAUGCAAUACAGUAACAAUGUAGCCGGCUAUAGCUACCAAGUAGCCUAACGAUUGCCCGCAACAUCACCAUCCUUUCCAACUCGCAGUGUCAAGUCGGUCAUUCAUGGAUCGCUGCAUUUCAUCAAUAGCUACUACUCACAAUGUAUUACGAAACGAAUGGAAUAUAAAAUACUUCCUACAUGGUGUUCAUAUGCUAAACGUUGCAGUCGUGAUGCAAGCGCCAAAACCUAAAACGACAUUGUUGUAAUGCAGGGGAUUCUUUCGCUUUUGCAACAUGAUAUCGCUAACAUAACACUGUAUACUGUAUGUCGUUAUACUGCAUGCAUAAAUGAAAUGUAUAAGCAAUAUGCUUGCAACAACAGAUUAGCCAGCAGGCCCUUAAGGUGUCUGUGUGACAUCUGACUGCCAGCUGCAGAAAACCAAUGGCAUCCUCUCUGUCAGGAACACAAAUGACAUUGAAGCCAUGACUUUACAAAUAGGUUUUCAAUGCAUGCGAGGCAGCUCCAUCAUGGUAGCUGUCAAUACAGUACAGUGUGUAUGCAUUUUACAGUAAUACAUGUUCAGUGUCACUGAAUGUUCACCCCACCUGUGGAUAGAUUAUAACAGUGACCCUAUAUUAUUGUGCUUCUUUGCAGCUGAUCUAUGAGAGCUUUACCAGGUAUCUGGUGGAGCAUAAAGACUAUGACAAGGACCUUCUCACACUGACCCCUGCUACCUGGGAUUUCUGGUGAGUCACUAGCAGCAGCAGCAGAAUGACUGAAUAAAAUCAUCCCUUCCUCUCUAUUCUGUAAUCAGUAAUGACCGUGGUGUGCCCUUGUAAAUUCAGACCACCUGCAUGCAUCAUUCCACUACCCCAUUUUCAGGUUGGAUAAAGGGCACUUUUUAAGCAAAAAGGAAGAUGCUGAAUAAUGCUCACAUAUUCUUAUCGUUAUUGCUUAGCAUAGGACAUUGAUCAACAUGCUUAUUUUUUGCCAAUGACCACUAUGAAAUGUGUAUUCUGUAUGUCCAGUUUCAAAGGCUUAGUGGUAGACCUUGAGGAUGGAAACUUGGUUAAGUUGGCCGAAGAUGGAACUGUCUUACGGUACGAUUACAGUUAAUGAUACAGUUAAAUGCAUGCUUUGAUAUUGCUUUCCAUUUAUAUUGAUAGGAAAAAUGCCUGUUUUGAAGUGUUGGUAUGAAUGUACAGUAUUUGGGCACGCAUGUCUUCUCUUUGCACCCAAAAUGAAUAAAAAGCCUGACUUUAAACCUGUUUGUUUUGAUCAGAGCAACCCAUGGGACCAAUAACCUCAGAACAGAAGAGAUCAUUAAACAUUACGGUCCAAAAAGGGAAUGGAAGCACUUCAAUAGCCUCAAUACCACAUUUACGAGAUCUAGUAAGUCUUUCAUCUUGGAAUCUGUUUCCCCUCCAAUCGUUGUGACAGCAUUUGUUUGUUUUUUGUGAUGCAGUUGAAUUUUCAUGAUAAUGCAAUCUUCUGAAAACAUGUACUUUUUUUCUUCUCACUUUAUUUCCAAUGUACAGAGUGAUGAAUGAUUGGAUUGUUUCUCACAAUAAAUAUCUUCUGUUUUAUUCUCCGCAGCAAAGUACUAUUUUUAUGACAACUAUUUCGAUCUACCUGGGGCUCUUCUCUGUGGAAGGGUUGUGGAUAUGUUGCACAAGGUAAAAUCUAUUAAAAUAAAUGUUCAUUAUGAUUAUUAAUAGAUAAUUAAUGUUUACACAUUUGUUAAUAAUAAAACAUAUAAAAAACAACAACAUAUAACGAUUUAAUUUCAAGGACAUUAUUUUGUUUUUGUCAACAGCGUGGGAAUGAGGUGAAUUCAGACUUUUGGAAAGACAUGGUUGCUGCCAUCGACCACAACUACAACACAUCAGCAUUUAAA